AUGGCAAAUAUUCGCCAAGAACUAACUAACGUGCUGACUGAGGCUGGUGUGGAAUUUCCAACUACAGCAACGACAACCCAAUUGCGCCGAUUGCUGCGGGAUGUGGUAGGAGCCACUCGGAGCACGGAAAUUUCAAGAAAUGACGAUAAUUUAAAUUCUGCCGCUACUGCUGGUACUGCCGCUGUUGAUGCCACUGCUACUGCCGACGUUUUCACCUCUGCUGACGACACUGCCGGUACUGACACUAAUGCUGCUAUUAGUGCUACUGCCGCUACUAAUGCUACUGCCGCUAUUGAUACUACUGCCGCUAUUGAUAUUAUUGCCGCUUCUGAUGUUUUUGACUCUGCCGCUACUGAUGUACGUGCCGCUGCUGACGUACGUGCCGCUGCUGACGCUACCAAUAUUAGAAACUGUGGACGGACUAGUAUGUUUAUUGGUCUAGAUGAAGAGAUCGCAGCUUUGCAAAAGCGGGUAGAAAUUUUCAAGCUGGCCAAACAAAUCGAAGAACUCGAAGGCCGUCCGAAAAAUCAGAGUAUACGGCGUCUGGAAUUUGGGGACCUUGAACAUGCCAUCCCCAAAUUCAGUGGAGAUGAUGUCACUUUAACGGUGAACCAAUUCCUAAAAGAUUUUGAGGAUCUAAUGGAAUCGACUGGAGCUGACGACCGAUUUAAACUGCUUGCACUUCGUCGUUCGCUGACGGGCACGGCGAAAGUUUUCCUGACGACAACAGUAGCGUUGAACUAUGGUGCGCUAAGGAAAGCGCUAAAAGACGAAUUCGACAUAUCCGUCACACGGCAUGAGAUAUAUAAGAUGUUGGCACAACGUCGCUGGAAGCGGAAAGAUGAGUCGCUGCACUGUUAUGUGCUGACAAUGCAAGCCUUAGGAAAACGAGCCAAUGUCAGCGAUCUUGAGGUUAUUGAUUUUAUUAUUGAUGGAAUCGGGAAUGUCCCAAACUCGCAUAUCCUUAUGACGGCCCGAACCUUAGACGAAUUCAAGACGCUGGUGAUCCGUUUCCAAAACAAAUAUUUUGCAGUUGGCACGGCACAGACAGCAGCUCCCAAAACAACAAAACCAGCAGCCGAACAAAAAAUAAAGUGCUACAAUUGUUCGAAGGAUGGCCACAUCAAACCCAACUGCCCUUACCCUAUGCGACCAAAUGACGCCUGUUUCCGAUGUUGGAAGAUGGGGCACGAUCACCGAUCCUGCCCGAACCCACCAAAAGUUUUGAAGCCCCGAGAAGUUGCUGCCGUACAAGUGGAUACAGACCAUGACGUGGUUGGCGCAUUUAAUUAUUCCGACUAGCCUUAUCCAGGAGUCACUGGUUCCUAAAGGGGUCCAAAAGGAAUGUGUAAAGAGACCAGUUCAAAAAUACAAAGGCAUUGGUGGGAAAUAUAUUGAAAUACUUUAUGUUUUAAAAACUUUUGUUAAAUACUGUGGAAAAAUUGAAGAAAUUGAAUUAAAUGUAAUUUCCAAUAGAAAUAUGACUAUGCCAAUUAUUUUGGGCCGUGACUUCCUGGGGUUGUUUAACAUUAAAUUAUCAAAGGCACUGAAGAAAUAUAGUAAGCAUAAGUUGUUUCAAAUACGGUCCCUUAUGGAGCCAAAAAGCUUAAAUUCUGUAACCGACUCGAAUGCAUUUAUCGCAGUUGCGGAACAGCAUGAGUUAGGAAGAAACCAUGCUAGUAAAAUCAUUCUAAAUGAUUCCUUGUCUUUGGGUGAGUUCACUGCCGUUGACGUACCUGACAUUUUCCAUAUUGAUUUUUCAUCUGACGAAUGUAAUGUUGACGUGUGUCCUAACAUGACUAAAAUCUGUCGUGAUAAAUUAAAGCAGCUUAUUAAUGAUAAUUAUUUAAAGUCAAAAAUAAAGCCCGAACCAUACAAAUAUGAGAUGAAGAUUCAUUUGACAACUGACGUUCCUUUUCAUUCCGCCCCCCGCCGAUUGUCAUAUUUGGAGCGCAGCCAAGUGCAAUCCAUCAUUGAGGAACUUCGUGAAGAGGGGAAGACCGAGUGACUCGCCGUAUGCCUCAGCCGUAGUAUUAGUGAAAAAGAAGAGCGGUAAAAUCCGUAUGUGCAUAGACUAUAGGGCCCUUAACAAACUUACCAUCAGGGAUAAUUACCCGUUACCUCUGAUUGAUGACUGUAUCGAAUAUUUACAAAAUAAAAGGCAUUUUUCAGUAUUAGACUUGAAAAGCGGUUUCCAUCAGGUGCAUAUGGCCCCUGAAUCCAUACCAUUAACUUCUUUUGUGACUCCAAAUGGACAGUUUGAAUUUCUGAAAAUGCCAUUCGGACUGAAGAAUGCACCUGCGGUAUUCCAACGAUUUAUCAAUCAUGUCUUUCGAGAUAUGGUUGAUAAUAGGAAAAUUAUUAUUUAUAUGGACGAUAUUAUUAUCGCUACCGAAACAUUUGACGAACAUGUAGACCUGCUGAAGACCGUAUUAACCAGACUUACCUUGCGCGCACUAAAACUCAAUCUGGAAAAGUGUAAAUUUGGAUAUGACGAAAUCGAAUAUCUGGGGUACUCAGUAACCAGGACAGGAAUACUGCCGAACAACUCCCAUAUUAAGAGUAUACAAAAUUUCCCUAUACCUACUAACUCAAAACAACUGCAGUCAUGCAUAGGUCUGUUUUCUUAUUUCCGCCGAUUUGUACCUUCCUUUUCCCAGAUAGCCAAACCUUUGCAGAACUUGCUUAAGAGAGACGCGCGAUUCGAGUUUGAUCAGGAGUGUAUUGACGCAUUUAACGAGUUAAAAUUUAGGCUGACGCGGAGCCCAGUUUUGGCCAUAUAUAGUCCCAAAAGGGAAACCGAAUUGCAUUGUGAUGCAAGCAGCAUAGGUUUUGGAGCAGUGCUAUUGCAGCGGCAGGACGAUGAAAGGUUUCACCCAAUAUCAUAUUUCUCCAAAACAGCAACAAGUGCAGAAUCAAAAUACCACAGUUUUGAGCUGGAGACGCUAGCAAUCAUAUAUGCAUUGAGACGGUUUAGGACUUACUUAGAGGGUAUUCCCUUCACAAUAGUAACUGAUUGCAACUCACUAACCUUAACUCUUGAUAGGAGGCAGCUUAAUCCCAGAAUAGCUAGGUGGGCCCUUGAAUUAGAGAACUUUAAUUAUAAAAUAAGACAUAAGCGAGGUGCUGCGAUGGGCCACGUCGAUGCAUUAAG